AGUGUCCUUGCUGGUUUCGUUUAUUAUGCUGUGUCAAUAUCAACAUAACCUCUAACCAAUGCCAACUGCCAACAUCCCAACUCCCAACUGAUGCCAACUAUUAGCCAACUUGUCUAAGAUGCCAACAGUAUUAUUGAAUUAUUAAUUAUUAUUAUUGUUGCAAAAUAAAACCACAGAAUAUAAAACUAUAAAUAAUCAAAAAUAAAGGCUUGCUUUUACCAUGGGAGACACUAAAAAUGAACUUAUAGGACGUAUAGAAACGGAAGAAUUUUAUGUAAAUUUUUUGAAUCCAAAUUCCGAUAAUAUAUUAAAUGAGUCCAUUGGUAUUAAAGAACAAGUAAAAAAAUUGGCAGAGGGUAUAGAAUUAAUAAAUCAAGAACUUCACAGACAAAUACUGGAAAAACAUGAAGAUUUGUUGCAACAAGCAAAUAAUGCUACAAAAUUGGAAACUGUCCUAAAUUCCAUGAACAGUCAUGUAAAAACAUUAUUUAUUGAUGCUGAACGACUUAAAACUCAGAUAACAAUACCCUAUAAUGAAUUAGAAAAACACACAAAAGUGUUAGGUCGCCUUCAUUUAGCUAGCCAUAUCUUACGACAAGUCAACAGAUUGCAACAAUUGAGUAAAAGGUUAACAAAUACCAAUGAUCCAGUUCAGAAAGCUAUUCUUUUGCAGGAAUUAGAACAACUCGCCUCUGAUCCAGAGUUAAAGGAUAUAGAUAGUGUUAAGAAUGAACUGAGGAAUAUUAGAGUACACCAGCAAAAAGUUGUACAAUUGGCCACAGGUUCUUUGAAUCAAGGAGCCAAAAACGAAAAUAUUACACAAACAACUACAGCUUUACAGAUCUUCAUAAAUAUUGGCACAAUAGAAUCAGUAGCAAAUAGUUUUGUGGACAACAAUUUACAUGAAUGUCGAGAAAGUUUGAAAUUAGCCCUCUCUGUCAGUUCAUUUGCCUCUAGCAAGACUAAAGGGGGCCCAGGACACAUUAACAUCACAUCUUCUCAAGGUUUUAGAACAAAAGUUUGGUCUGAAAUAGAAAAAGUAUUUGCUGAAGAUAUCUUUUCAAUAUGUAAGCAGGUAAAAUUUUUGCACAACACUUUAAGCAACUUAUAUUUGGUUCACAGUGACUUAAAUAUUGCCGAGAAGUUUUGGAUAGGAUUUGGAAAAGUCUUUCAGGAAGAAAUCCAGAAAUCUACUUUGGCUCUGAAACAAACUCUAGAAGAAGAUUUUCCAAAGUUAUUAAAAUGCUAUUAUGAAAUGACAAACAAAUUAAAAUACGAUUUAUUUGCCUUCGACCGAAGCAUACUAAAAAACUUGGAAAAUGCCUAUUUAUCCAUAUCUUUGACGAGAAUGUUGGAUCCAACUCAAGCGAUGUUCACUGGUGAAAAUACUUUACCAUCUCAAGACCAAAUUGAUUCUUUGAUUCGGAUCAUUACUAGUGAACUAAGUGUGGCGUUAAUCGAAGAAAAUUUAAGUGAGCAGAUUGGAAAAAAUGUAUCGAAAUGCAUAAAAAUGUUUGCUGUUAAGACUGAACAACAACUAGAGACUGGUCCGGAGGCAGCGCAAGUUAUAGGAGGUACACCUAAUAUGGGACAACAGAAAAACGUAAAUCUCGCUAACUCCUUGUAUUAUUUUCAACUUCAAACUCAACGAAUGUUAUCAAACAUGAAAGACAGCUUAACGGAUCCCUGUAAAAAUAUUAUCACUGACAGUUUGCAAAGUUUACAUAAUUUAGUGGCUGCCAUCCUACAACCUCUUGCCGUGAGCAUUAAUUCCGUCAUAGAAACAAUAAUAGUAACACUGCACUUGGAAGCAGAUUGGACCAAAGUACAAAUUCCGCAUAAAAUAUCUAGUAGCUGCUCCCUCUACAUGAAAGAGUUGAAUCAAUUUAUAUCAAGAGUUUAUCAAACCUAUCUCGAUGGUUUUAAAAACAAAGAAGUGUUAGCUUCGAAAUGUAAUGAAAUCGCUGUAAGGACUAUCGAACUGUUCAUCAGACAUGUAUCUUUGCUGCGACCUUUAGCCAAAGGGGGGCGCGUACGCCUUCAAGCAGAUUUCCAGCAUUUAGAGAAUGCGCUAAAAAUAAUUUGUCCCCAUUUGGCCGAUCUAGGUCGGCCGUAUCGUCUACUGAAGUCAGUUGCGUCUGUGAUAGUUUUAAGCCCCGAAGAAAUUGUAGCGGGUCAAACGCCUGAUAGUUCUAUACCUCACAGCACAAUUCUGUUAAUGUUAUUUGCUUUUGCUGGUCUCGACCUAGCCAGCCCUCAUCAGAAUACAAGUUGGUCUCUGCCGAAGAUUUCAGCGUGGCUGGAUGAACAUCAAGACGAAGGUGAAAGACUUGAUUUGAUCGCUGGAGCUUUGCAAAAAUAUGAAAGUUUAGUUAGGCAAAAGAAUUCUACCAACUAUGAUCCCUUAUAUCCCAUUCUAUCACAAUAUUUGGAGAGGGCUCUAAAAGAAAUAUAAUAAGCAUGUAGUUGUUAUAAUAAAUUAUUAUAGUUCUCGAUAAAUAA